CCGAGGCGGUCUUUAAAAUCAGAAACGAAACUGAACACGGCGAGUCAGGCAGCGAUGGCAGCUGAGGCCGGUCCUAUGGAAGGGCUCUGCGGGGAAGCGACCUGCCCCCUCUGCCUGGAUUUCUUCAAGGAUCCGGUGACUCUCGACUGCGGGCACAAUUUCUGCCAAGGCUGCCUCACCAGCUGCUGGGGAGAGUCCGACGGAGACUCUUCUUGCCCCGAAUGCCAGGAAACGGUUCCGCAAAGGAACUUCAGGCCGAACCGGCAGCUGGCCAAUGUGGCGGAGCUGGUCAAGAAACUUCAGGACGGGAAAGGAGGCGCGGCGGCGGUGGCGCAGGAGACGUGGCGAAUGUGCGAGAGGCACCAGGAGCCCCUGAAGCUCUUCUGUAAGGACGAUCAAGUCCCCAUCUGCGUGGUGUGCGACAGGUCCAAGGAGCACAGGGCGCACAGCGUGUUUCCCAUGGAAGAGGCUUCCCAGGAGUACAAGGAAAAAAUCAACGCCCACCUGGAGUCUCUGAAAGACGAGAGGGAACAGCUUGUGGAGCAGAAGUUGGCUGAAGAGUUAAGAAGGCAGAAGUGUGGGACAGAAUUAGAAAUGGAGAAGCAGAAGAUCCAAUCUGCCUUUGAGAGAAUGCAGGAGUUCCUCAGGAAGAAAUUGAACCUCUGGCUAGAUCAGCUAUGUGAUCUGGAGGAAGAGGUGGAGAAGAUUCAGGAAGAAAGCAUCUCCAAACUCUCCGAAGAGAUUUCCCGACUCGAUGAGCUGAUUACAGUGGUGGAAGAGAAGAGCCUGCAGCCAGCAAGUGUAUUCCUGCAGGACAUCGGAAAUGCUUUAAACAGGAAUGAGAAGAAUUCAGCCCAGCACAUGAUAGACCUUUCCCUCAAGUUGGAAGAGAUAUUCAGAAUUGUAUCUGUUGAAAACUCCACUUUAGAAAAGGCUUUGGAGAACUAUCAAGAAUCUCUGGACCAAGCUCUGAACAAAGAUUCUCUGAAGCAAGCCCUGAGCAGAGUGAGUGUGACUCUGGAUCCAGACACAGCAUCCCCAAAACUCUUUCUGUCUGAAGACCUGAAGAGCGUGAGAAGGGCAGAAAAGAAGCAGGACCUGCCUGACAACCCAGAGAGAUUCGACAGUAUGCCCUUUGUGCUGGGCCGUGAGGGAUUCACUUCAGGAAGACAUUGGUGGGAUGUGGAGAUUGAGAUGGUAGAGAAGGCUAUGUGGGCUGUGGGUGCUGCAAAAGACUCUGUCAGGAGGAAGGGUCCAUUCAGACUUAAUCCUAAUGAGGGAAUAUGGGCUCUGAAGAAGCAGUUUGGUGACUCUUCACCUUUUGAACUCGUGGCUUUGAACUGCCCUGAGCCAAUAACAUUGGCUAUGAGGCAACAGCUCAAGAAAAUUCGGGUGGCCGUGGAUUACGAAGGGGGUCUGGUGGAAUUUCUUGAUGCUGAUACCAACAGAUUUAUCUUCACUUUCUAUUCAGGAUCAUUCUGUGGGGAGAAAAUCCGCCCCUUUUUCCAUUUGGGGUUGGGAGUCAAUCUGAAGUGCUGAAUCUUGUGAGGGGAGAAGCACCACCAGCCCUAGUCCCACCGCUCUGAGAGGAGGUGACAUUCUAGAACUUUCUCUGUGGUUGCAGAAGGGCCAGUCAAAGGGCUAGAUAGCCUCAAAUGGUUUUCAAGUGGGAUUUCCAGAUAUUAGAAUCUUCCACCUGCAAAAAAUAAAUAAAUAAAUAAAUAAAUGCAGGGUUAGAGAAUACCUUUAGUUGUACCUUGAAAUAAUUGUUUGUUCUAUCCCAAGAAGUUAAAAAGAUGCAACAGUACAUUGAUAAAUUUGGGGUAUUGAUCCAAUACCUGCCAGAGAGAGAGAAAUCAACAGGUUCAGGCAUUGCCAUCACUGCAUCUCCAUCUUUUGAUUUUUACCUGUCAUGGUGACUCAUGAGACUUUUAAAGGCACUUAAAGCCCUGCCUGAAGAACAGAUGUAAACCUUAAACAGGGGAAAAGUGGCCCUUAUCAUUUAAACUUUUUUUUUGGGGGGGGACAUGAUUAUAUUGCAAUGAAGUUUCUAGCCCUGCUUGUUUUGGGUUUUUUACACUGAUUCUAUUUCCAUCUUUAUCUACUUAUGAAAGAAUCUAUAACUCCCUGCACCCCAUAGAUGAGCCUCCCACUGCUCUCCUUCAAUAUCUGCAAAAGUAGAGCUCCAAGCUGCUCACAUGUAAAAAGGCAUUCCAUGCAAUGGGAACAAUUGUGCAACUGGGGUCCUGAUUCCAGAGUGCCUAUAUUUGAGCAGAUGCCCUCACGUGUCACCGUCCCUUUGCAGAUGUCAAGGGGUUAGUGGGACAGCCCCUGCCCAUCAUCUUUACUCAUAGCACUUUGUCUGCCGCCCUGGGCUCCUGCUGGGAGGAAGGGCGGGAUAUAAAUUAAAUAAUAAAUAAAUAAAUGGUCCUAGGCUCUGGUCUGAAAGCACAUGAGGCCAGCUUCCUGCUGUAGCUAUGCAGGAUCAGAUCUGGUCAGUGCCUGGAUGGGAGACUGCCGGGGAAACAUAUGUAAGCCGCCUUGGGUUUCAUGAAACAAAAGGUGGGGUAUAAAUGUAACAAAUAAAUAAAUAAAAAUAAAUGGAGCCCUUUCAAGUGUAUAUUGUCUGAAUGACGCUUUGAUCUGAAUUGGGGAAUAUCAGCUGUAAAGAACUCACUCUCUUUCAGGAAUAUCUUUUGGGGCCAGAUGUCUUGUGAGACCAGAAAUCAAGUGUGGGGCCUCCCAAGUAGUGGAAGAUAUUGUAAGAGGAGCAAGUGAAAUACCUGGCCCAGAGCUGGGGAUGAAGGAUAGAAUGAGGAUGGGGUUAGACAAGCAAAGAAAUAAUGCAAGACAUCUAGAGUCAUUUGAUAGUUAAUGAGAAGAUGUGUCCAUGUUUAUAUCUGAAAUAAGGUUCAAUAUUUCAAACAUCAGUAGAAGCAACCAACAUAUUUGCAAAGAGAAAUGCCUCUAAUCAAUGUCUUUCCAAGUUAAAGAUUAUUUGUUUGCUCUUAAACAGUCAUGGGAAAAUAAAGUUUGUCUUCUCA